CUAAUGUGUCACCAAUAUAUGCCUAAUUAUCAAAAAGAAUGAUUAAAAUCUGUCAAGAAAAAGAAACCCAGACGCACAAAGAGGAUGAGAGAGACAGAUGACCACUUCAGAGGAGCACAAAGAGUUAAGUGAGAUGGGAGCCACAGCCAUUCAAAGCCAACCCAUCACUGAUAGACAACAGCCCAGAGAACUGUAAAAGGAGGGGAUUUCUUCUCCAGUGCUCCCCUCUCUCUCCUCCCAUCAGAAACCUUCUCCCACUACAGACUGACUGCUACAAGGUCCCUCAGACAAUUAGCGAUGUCAGCUGAAACUCAAGGGGAAGACUGGUGAAGAGAUAUUUUUCAAAAGGGAUGUCAAAGCUUGAAAUGAUCCCAUGAGGACAACUCUUAUUGAUCGAUAAAACAAAAAUAAUCACUUGAAAACACAAGGAGCGCUGAUGAGACAUCUGAGACAGCCCUUAACUUUGGGAUCCGAGGUCCUUCAAUGCAACCUGAGGAGGACAAGAUGAUCUGAGGUCAAUUAAACGCCUGUUGACCGUUGAAAAGACACCAUGUUUUCUGUACAGGGAACCGGUGCCUUGGCUCUUUUCCACAGUAUAAUAAUAGUGGCUGCACUGAUAGACGCUGAUGAUGUCAUCACACGAGAUGAGCAGAUCUACGUUCUGAUUGGUGCUCAUGCCAAGUGUGAAAGGAACAUCCAGGCACAAAUUGCCCUGGUUAAAGAAGGUGACUGUAUCCCGGAGUGGGAUGGGAUCAUCUGCUGGCCACAGAGUAGGGCGGGUCAGCUGGUUUCCGUCAUGUGUCCAGAGUACAUCUAUGACUUCAACCACAGAGGGCGAGCCUACCGCCAUUGUGAUGCAUCAGGCAACUGGGAGCAGGUGCCCAGUAUCAACCGCACGUGGGCGAACUACACCGAGUGCACCUCGUACUUGACCUCCAACCACAGGAGCCAAGAGGAGGUGUUCAAAAGACUCCAUCUCAUGUACACUGUUGGCUACUCCAUUUCUCUUGCAUCACUGCUGGUGGCGGUCUCCAUCCUCUGCUAUUUCAAACGUCUCCAUUGCACACGCAAUUACAUCCACAUUCACCUCUUUACCUCCUUCAUAUGUCGAGCCGUCAGCAUUUUUGUCAAGGACGCUGUGCUCUACACCAUAUCUGAUGACAGUGCCGAGCCUGAGUUUACAGCAGUAAAGCCCAACAUGGCUGGCUGUAAAGUUGCUGUUACUUUCUUCCUUUAUUUCCUGGCCACCAAUCAUUACUGGAUCCUGGUGGAGGGGUUGUACUUACAUAGCCUCAUCUUCAUGGCCUUCCUCUCCGACAAGAACUACCUAUGGGCUCUCACUAUCAUCGGCUGGGGUGUUCCAGCUGUGUUUGUGUCUGUUUGGGUCAGUGCACGAGCAUCGCUGGCAGACACACAAUGCUGGGACAUCAGUGCAGGAAACCUGAAGUGGAUCUAUCAAGUGCCUAUUCUGGCAGCCAUUGUUGUGAAUUUCCUCCUCUUUGUCAACAUAAUACGUGUACUGGCCUCUAAACUGUGGGAAACAAACACUGGUAAACUGGACCCUCGCCAGCAAUACCGGAAGCUGCUCAAGUCCACGUUAGUCCUCAUGCCCUUGUUUGGAGUUCACUACAUGGUGUUCAUGGCUCUUCCCUACACUGAGGUCACUGGGCUGCUUUGGCAGGUGCAAAUGCAUUACGAGAUGUUCUUCAACUCUUCCCAGGGCUUUUUUGUGGCGUUUAUCUACUGUUUCUGCAAUGGGGAGGUGCAGGCUGAGGUGAAGAAGGCAUGGUUAAGACGCAGCCUCACGCAGGACAUUAAACAGAAAGUACGGAUAACCAGCAGCGGUGGCGGAGGCAGCUGUUACUAUGGCGGCAUGAUGUCACACACCACCACCCACAGUAUCAGCUUGUCUGCUGCCAAUCCCAGAUCCCUUUCUCUCACUGGAGGUGUGGUUGGUUCAGGUGGAGGUGCUGGUGGAGGGUCAGGAGCCAGGCCACCAUGUCACGGUUCUCUCCACCCACAAAGCAGCCUGCCCGGAUACGUGCCCGGUGACACUGAGACCCAACAGGAAAUGACUGUGUGGAGGCCAGAGGGGAUGGAAUCUGGAGUUUUUGCCAGGCAUGUCAGAGCCAGUAAGGGAAAUCAUGACUCCAAAAGUCAGGGAGCAUCUCCAGCCCAAAUCCCUGGAGAAGAAAAUCCAGACAACUCCUUAUCUCUGAAAGAGCUGGAGACCAUCUUGUGAUUGUUUGAUAAAUGUUCAGAUGAGGGUUCAUGGUCAUCUGUGCAAACCCCUAUGUUAAUGUGCAUUCGGAAAUACAAAACUGACAAGAUACCAAACUAGAUAUUUUAUGGAUUUACUUGUGUUGUGAAUGUUUUGUCAGCUUCUUCCAAGAUCAAGGGAGAACUUUGAGUCUCAAAAACAUGGCUGAGUCCUUAAUGUGCCCAGAAAAUGGACAUCUACAUUACCAUGACAGCUGGACAAACUUUUUCCUGAGGAUGUUUAUGUGAUGUGAUGAAAAGCUCCAGAACAGCCAACAUGCAACUCUUGUGUUGGAGAUUUGUGGUUCUCUGGAUAUUUUAGAGGAAGAGAUCAAAUUUGCAUGGACUAUGAAUACAAAUGGAGUUUCAUUUAGCAAAGUGACAGUCAAAGCCUUUACUUAUUCUGACAUACCAAAUCAGAAAUGUAUGCACUGUCAUACAUAACAUCUGGACUAUGAUGAUUUGUGUCGUACUAUAAUCCCAAAAUAUCUCAAGUAAUACACACAAUUAUUUAAUGCAUUUCUUUUUGAUUUAUUUAAUGCACUGUCAGUGUACACGAAUUGUACAUGCGUAUGAAGACAUAUGUACAGAUAGAUGAGGCUAAAUAAUCUGUGAAAAUUUGAUGCUACAGAGAAUUUAGAAAGAACAGACUGUUUGUGAAUGUUUAUUUCUCUCUUCACAUUUUUCUUGUGUUGGAUUUUUCAGGCCAGACUGGCUGACCCCAGUUCAAACUGCACUUGUGUUUGUGUGUGUGUGUGUGUGUGUGUGUGUGUGUAUUUCUAAUCAGUUUGGACUUCUCGCUACACCUUUGUUGCUGUCUAUGUGGUCUGCUCAGCCCUAUUUAUCAGUCUGACAGGACCCUGAGGGCUGAUGCAAAAACCUUUUACCCAUCACAGGCCAAACCCCUGCUCCUUCCUCCGUGUGACCUCUUCCCCAGACGCCCUCGCAACACAGUCCAGAAUUUCACACACUCCCCUCAGGUCUUGGCUCACAGAAAGAAGCAGCUGAGCUGUUUGUGGACCUCGAGCAUGAGUGACAAACCUGCAACAUAAGCCAACAGUCCUCAAAAGAUGAGAAAGAUGGGAAAUUCUACAUGUAAAUAUUUUGUGUUGUUUGGGUGUCCAGAAAUAGAGAGGAAAGUUCUGUGUACAUUGGAAGAUAACUAUGAAAGUAAAUAAAAUAAUAAAGUAAAAUAAAAUAAUAAAUGGA